CUAGUGAUCGUGUUUGUUAGCUGUUGACUUGCCUCCUAUCCUAUAUGGUUGUUCAUGCAUCUUCUAGUAUUGUUUCUUUGCAAUUCAACGGUAGUUGUGCUAUCAGAAGGAUGAAAAUGAAUGUGGUCGAUGACCUCGUGAUUCGAUCCGAACCCGCCUACGCUGAGACCGAUCCAACUCCUGAUGUGAUUGGUUUGGAAUUUGUGCGUCAGUACUACACCAUACUUUCGAAGUCGCCCGGGAGUGUGCACAAGUUUUAUAGUCAUGAAUCGGUGUUUGUGCACAACGAUGUCACAGUCAUCGGGCAGCAGAAGAUAAAGAGCUGUAUUGAACAACUCGUGGAGGCCAACAACAGAUUCAAGAUACACUCAGUGAAGGGAUCUUUCACCUCGCACAAGGGGAUCGUGCUGCAAGUUUGUGGAGAAGUGUCUACACGCCGCUUUUUCCAAACGUUCAUCUUGGGCCAGCAGAGCGCCAAGAAGUUCUACGUGCAGAACGACAUAUUCCAGUUUGUCGAUGUGGCUUUUCACAGUGAGUCGCAAGACUCACCUGCUCCUGCGCCAUCCAACGAGGCUCCAGUCACUGAGGCACAAUCAGUUGACAUCGAUCUUGUGCAGAAUGGACACAAUCAUUCCCAUUCUUCCAUUGCUUUGAGCUGUGAGGAGACUCCUAUCUUGACAAGUGUUGUUUCCCAUGCUAAGGUUAGCCCACCGAAACCUGCCGCGGCAGCUCCUCCUGUUCAGGACACCUCCGCUAAGGAGCCAGUGUCAACUGAAGAUGUGAAGUCAAAGACGGAGCUGCAUAAAACCGAAGCGACUCCUCCAUCGGCGCCACAACCAGAGCCUGUAGAUGACACCCCGAAGACAUGGGCACAUCGUGUUGGUGGAGGAGCAAAGCCUGCUGCUCAAGCUCCACCUGCCACAGCACCUACACAAAAGCCAUCUCCCGCGCCGGCCGCACCAACCGCUCCGUCGGCUACACGUCCCCAGCAAGCUCCCCGUCCACAUGUGCAGACAAAUGGAGGGCCUAUAGCGCAAGGGGAACGUCGUAUCUAUCUUGGAGGUAUUAUUAGGAAUAUGGUUCCCGAUUCAACUAGCAUUGCAGAACAGGAGAUAAAGGAUGCUUUUUCUAAAUUCGGUGAAGUCGAAUCUGUAGCUAUUCCGCGCAAGGUUCUUGAUCAGCCAAAUGACACUACCCGCAACGGUUUCGCGUUCAUCUCUAUGCGAACUCCUGCUGAUGCACAGAGCGUGUUCCAGAACGCUCGCAAAGACGAUCGUGGCAUCUACCAUCUUCAGCUGCGUUUGGAUGCAUUUGGCUUUGAUGGCGAAGUGACGAUUUCCGAGCAGAAAGAUCGUCUUGACCGUCCGGGAGGCGGCUUCCGCGGUGGUCGUGGUGGUUUCAUACCGCGUGGAGGAGCUGGCUCGUUUUCUCGUGGAGCGCCUCACAUCUUAGGGUGUCCUACCCAAGCGACGAUAGGAAAAUUUCUAUUCCGUUCCUUAUCGAAAUCUCCCUGUUCCUUCUCCUUCACCUUAUUCUUCGUCUGGCUCAUUAUAUGUAACAUUGAGAAGAAGAUGGAUGACGAAGAUUUCAAUGUAAUAUCACAACUCGAUGAUGCUGAUCUUGCCUACCACAAUGUCGAUGAAAAUGAGCCAUCAGUUUCUGGUGCUGCAGUAGUUAAUGCGCUAAACGAGACUGGUCAAAGAAAGCGCCGGCUGAUAGAUGACGACCCGUUCAAGAUGCCUCCUGAUGAGGUUUUUACACAUCCUAUAGACUGGCAUAUGCGAAUGCCUUUGACCUUAGAAGAACACGAGUAUAACAGCAGAAAACGUGUAAAUGACGAAUUGAUUGCAAAUCGGUUGUUGCACCGGAUCUGUCAAGCUCGAGCAAAGCGAAUGCGUGCGGCAAGAGAGCGUUUUGAUGACGAUGAGCAUCCCUUUACUGAGGAUGUAGACGAAAAGGAAAAACAGAUCAUGGAAACUCCACCCAUUGACGGGUCAGCUUGGUUAGGUGUAAAUAGUGAUGAAAACGAUGAGAGGUUUUAUGUCCGCUAUCUGAAGAAAUCUCGUGCUCCAGGGGCUGCAAAUGAACGUGCGAACGUGGUACGCAUGGAAAUUUUAAGUCGGCAGUACCAGAAUCUGAGGGAGGAAAUCGAGGCGGUGAAGAAUCACGAGAUGCAGUUGAUGGUCGAUCGAGAGGAAAGACGAACGACCCCCGCUGAACUUGAUGAGGAAAAAGUGCAUGGAAGCAGCAUGUGGAUUAAUAAGUACACACCACGAACCUAUACGGAGCUUCUCAGCGAUGAUGGAAUCAAUCGGACGUUGAUGUCGUGGAUGAAGUUAUGGGAUGAAUGCGUAUUUAAGAAAAAAAUCACAAAUUUACCUAAGACUGCAUCAGUAAAGGACAAGGAUCUUCUGACGCUAGACGCUGGUAAACCUCGCAGACCUGCACACAAGAUUGUUCUGCUUUCUGGGCCGGCAGGACUCGGAAAGACCACGUUGGCUAAUGUCGUAGCUCGGCAAGCUGGUUAUGCUGUAGUGGAACUAAACGCUAGCGACAGCAGAAACGUUCCAGAUUUUGAGAAGGCUCUGGAAGGAGCAAUUCGUACGUCACGAACUAUAACCCAGGGAAAUCGCCCUAACUGUCUUAUUCUCGAUGAAAUCGAUGGAGCACCUGCAGAAGCGGUCAGAUAUCUGGUCAAAGCUGUGCAAGCGGCGGGAAAAAAGGCUAUUCGCCGGCCAAUUAUUUGUAUCUGCAAUAACAUGUACACCCCUGCUUUGCGCGAAUUGCGCACCAUAGCAAUGAACAUCCAGGUGGCGGCUACCGCAAAGGACCGUUUGAUACAGAGGUUAACAACGAUCGCAGAGCUAGAAGGAAUUCGCGUAGAUCGCUUUGCGUUGCAAAGGCUUGUUGAGCUUUGCCAGUGCGAUGUCCGAUUUUCAAUCAACACUUUGCAAUUUGUAUCUAUCAACGCAAAGAAGAGUGGUAGGCACAUUUCAGCAGAAGACAUACAGAAGGCUGUGGAGCGGGAAAGAGUGGGUUCAACGUCGAUUUUUGAGAAUUGGUCAACCAUGCUAGAUUUCACGCAUCAUUUCGACAAGAAAGGCGUAUUAAAAGCGUUACCGGACCGUCUCCGUCUGGUUGAGAGAGUAGCUAUAGAGAGAGGCGAUGACCGUUUUGUGAACGGGCUACAUGCAAACUACCUUAGCGUGAAUCUCCCCCUCAACACCAUACGGAUGGGAGCGGAAGCUUUCAUAUAUUAUGACAGAAUAAUGCUCGCGAUAAACGAAAAACAGGAUUAUGUGCUAAUGAGAUAUCUUCCCGCAUUCUAUAUGCUUCUUCAUGCAGCAAUAGCUACUCACACCAGGGCAAAAUUGAAAUAUCCACAACUUGAACAGUCUGCCACACAGCGACUACGUGAAUCGCAGGAAACCUUGGCAACAAUUCAAAGCGGACUUCUCACUCGUCACUCACCUUCAGCCCUCAUUUACGAUGUUCUCCCUCUAGUCGUACAGAUUGUACAACCGCCCAUCAAAGCUAUGAAUCAGCAACUGUACAGCUCAAAAGAACUCGAGCAGAUCAACGGUGUUGUGAGUACGAUGGCCGAUUACCAUCUCACCUACGCUCCUACCGUUGUCAACUUCCAAGCUCAGUAUCUGUUCCAGCCGCCAGUUGAUAUACUGACCAUGUUCCCUAUCACUGAUGAGAGUUCUCGCUGUUUACUGUCAAAUUCUGUACGGCAAAUGAUUGCUCACAAAAUCACCCUCUUCCUUGCAACUGGUAAAAGCGCAGCUGAAAAUGUUCCACCGAAAACCAACACAGCACACAUCAAGGAAAUGGUGGCUGACGCAAAGGAACUCGCAGCAGCCAAAGCUGGACAACCGGGUCCAUCACGCCCACUCUUCUACAAAUACAACACAGGUUGCAGUACGGCUGUGAAGCGCACCAUCCGAAUGCACCAGUUGUUAGGUUGA